AUGGCCGCGGGGUCCCCAGAAUCGCGAUAUACGGUUGCUAAUGGCCAUACAGCCCCCAAAAAGAAUCAGAAAAUGUCCCUCGGGACCUUUUUGCAAGAUGAGAACUAUGGAUCAUGGGCCGAUGAGAUGGAAGACAUGCCUUUGCCUCCAUCCGACAAUCGACCCAGCUAUGGCACGGAUCGACGAGCCUUCAGCUCAGCUACCGGCAUGGGUAAUGGACUACCGGAGCGACGAGACACGUUUCCUGCACGAGAGCAACUCCCUCUCCCCACCCAACCCCCCUUUACGGCACACUUAGCAAACUUGUCUUUCGACGCCACCCAAGCCGAUGUCAAUGAAUUCUUUCGAGACUGCCAAGUCACAAAUGUCCGCAUUGUGGAAGACAAGAUGGAUCGCAAGCCUAAGGGCUUUGGUUAUGUUGAAUUUGCGACUUUAGAUGGCCUCAAAGCUGCGUUGGCACAAAGUGGUAACAAUUUAGCAGGACGGCAGGUUCGCAUCAGCGUUGCAGAGCCUCCGAAAGAGAGACACGAAACACGAGACUUCAGCGACUGGUCGAGAAAGGGCCCCCUCCCGGAUUUGCCCAGCAACCAACGCAGAGUGUCUGACAGACCGGGCGGAUAUGGUGGCCGGAAUUACGACAAUAUGUCCGAUGCUGGGAGCGAGCGGGGCAACCGUCGUGGGUUCGACCAAGGAGACGGAAAGGUGAGGGACUUUUCGAAUUGGGAACGAAAAGGGCCAUUGUCCCCUGUGACACCCGCACCUACAUCCCUUCGAGAAGGUGGCAGACAACAGAGCAAAGACGGCCCCGGAGGAUUCCGUAAGAACUCCCCGGCAUGGGGCGAGGGUAGAUCUCAAGAGGGUUCUCGACCUCCCAGACGCGAGUACACCGAACGCCCCCCGCCUGAACGACAGCCUACCGCCUCCGAGCUUGACACUCAAUGGCGAGCUAGAAUGAGACCAGACCCUCCGGCGAAGGCACCUACUCCAGAAGCCAGUGAACCCCCAUCUCCGGCCCCGGCUCCUGUCCCGGCGACCAGACCGAAGCUGAAUUUGCAAAAGAGGACCGUCUCUGAUGCAGAUCCGCUUCAAUCUCCCGCUCCAGUCACCGAUUCCAAAUCCAGUCCAUUUGGAGCCGCUCGUCCAGUCGAUACAGCUGCCAAAGAAAAGGAGGUUGAAGAGAAACGCCAGCUUGCCCUCCGACAGAGACGGGAGGCUGAGGAAAAGGCUAGAGCCGAAAAGGCCGAGGAGAAACGCUUGGCAAAGGAGAAGGCCGAACUUGAGAAGUCAAAGGAAGCUCCAAGCAAAGAACCAAAAGAGAAUAACGUCACAAAGGAGAAUGGAGAGGAAAGCCCACAACCAACACCGAAAUUUGAUAUUCUUCGUCGGGCCGAUACUGGCAUGAAUGACAUGGUUGCAGAUGAGGAGAAAGAAGAGGAGGGCGAAGAGCAAGCACUGGUUGACGAAAAGGCAGCCAAACCCAAGGAAGUUGUACGAACCCCGCCAUCUGCUCGAACGAAUGGCUCUUGGAGAUCCAGCCAACCUCCUCAGGCCCCCGAAGGAAGCACCACUGCCGCAUUGGAGGAAGAUGGCUGGAGUACUGUGUCGAAGCCCACGAAGCAGCGCAAUAACCGUCGAAACAUGCCUCCCAGAGCGAUUGCAUCUUGA